CCGUGUUUUUAGGGACAAGCCGCAAAUGAAAGUGCAUCCUAGAAAACUUCAUCAUGGCGUCGAUCAGCGAGCAGCGUCUCAAAGAGAUGGAAGCGGAGAUGAACCGCUUUGAGCAAGAAAUUGCUCCAUCUCCAAAUGAUGAGCCACAAGGCACAUCAGGCAUGAUCAUUAGCUCAGGGACGUUUGACCAAGUCCAAGCACAACUCCGACAGCUGAGGCAGGAGUCAUCUGGCGUAAAAACAGAUCAGCCCUUGGUGCCACCUCCCCCACCCCCAGCUUCUGGGACAGUCUCACAGUCAUUUAACCAGCAGACGUUGGGAGCCACAUCAGGAAUAGAUCUUUCAUCUGCCUUGGCACCACCUCCUCCUCCACCCCCUGAGCCUGGCCAAGAUCAGAGCCAGUAUAGCUCAGAAGCUCCACCCAUGAUGGCACCCCCUCCGCCACCUCCUCCCAUCCUGGCACCAGCAUUUGUUCCACCACAGCUGCGGCACAGGCCUCCCAUGAAUCCACAUAUGACACACAUGGACCAUCACAGGCCCCAUGGCAUGCCAGGCCAUGGACACAUGAUGCCAGUCCCCUUCUCUCAUCAACACCCAAUGCUUAGACCUCAGCACAUGGUUCAACCAAUGGACUUUCCUCGUGGUCCUUAUCACCAGCCAGGAUACCAUAUGAUGGGUGGUGGCGAUGGAUCUAACAUGGGUGGCCCUGGUUACCCUAUGGAUGGGCAGCAAAACAACUCAGCUACGAUUGAAGCCAAAUCAAAAAUCAUCUACUCUGCACCCCCUGUGAAGAACAUUUCAAAAGGAUCAGAGAGCUCCACACCUGCUGCUUCUAAGAAAGGUGGCAAGUCCGACAGAAAGGAGAAGCCUGGUGACUCUGGAGUCUUUGGCCCUGCUGCAUAUCCUGAUGGUUCAACCUCAAACAUGUAUGAUGAAGGAGCACCAGGAGCAGGGAUGCAAAGUUCAGAAGAUAUAACAGUGGCAGACAUGGAGAUUGAUGCUGAUGUAAGCAUGCCCACCAGGCGUGAGAGAAAAGAAAAGAAGAAAAAGUUUGUGCGGCUGGCAGCAGGAACCACAUGGGAGGAUCCAACAUUAGCUGAGUGGGAUCAAGAUGAUUUUCGUAUGUUCUGUGGUGAUCUUGGAAAUGAAGUCACUGAUGAAGUUCUCACAAGGGCAUUUGGCAAGUAUCCUACCUUUCAGAAGGCAAAGGUGAUUCGUGAUCGUCGCACAAACAAAACCAAAGGCUUUGGGUUUGUCAGCUUCAAGGACCCUGCAGAUUUCACUAGGGCUAUGAGGGAAAUGAAUGGUAAAUACGUGGGGAACAGACCGAUCAAGCUGCGAAAAAGCACUUGGAAGGACCGCAACAUUGACAUCGUGCGCAAGAAAGAGAAAGAGAAGAAGCGACUGGGACUACGAUGACGUCACAGUAGUGUGGUGGUUAGCGCGUGCAGGCCUCGUUCACACACGCGACUUGUAUGCGAGACUAUAUGCCUCGCAUCGAGAACUGUUUUUUUUUCUUUCAAAGGGGGAGCAAUACGGCCGAUGAGUGGGUGGAUGCGUGGGUAGGGAUUGAUCAAGAGGGAGAAGGGAGAGACUGUGCGAGAAAGAGCGGGACGGUAGUUUGUUUUCUUAUUUCUUAAAGCAUAUUUGCAUCAUCGUUGGAAAUACCCUACACGAAUGUGUACACUUCUCUUACCAUCCACUGGCAACCUCUGACCAGACUGCCCACCCUUCUGGCAUUGGCUGCAGGCAAAAUAGACGAUUGGAAGUGAUGGAGAACGAGAAAAAGAUGUAGAGAAAAAAGAAAAUUGUCCACAUUUCUUCCAUGUGGGAGAGGCAGGGGUUGAUUUUCAGCGAUCAACAAAGUUAGCGCCCACCCUUCAUUGACAUCCAGCGCCGCUUGGAACGUGGGUUGUCCUCCACACGUGCUGCCAUCAUGCCGCAUAAAGCUGAGUUGUGGUCGGAGGUUGAGGUAGGUGUUGUUGGGAGGACCGAGCGAUGGCAGUGACUGUUACUACCUUCCCUUCUCUCAGUUUCAGUUAACGAAAUUUGUUGGGCUCUUCUUUUAUUUACAUUAAAACAAAUCAGUUUUAUAAGAGUGAAA